AUGGAAGAAGCAAAUGACCGUUAUUAUUCACAAAAAGACUUUACACAAAAUAAAACUGAUAUAUUAAAUAUUUUGUCAAUUUCUUUAUAUAAGCAAGGAAAUUUGAAGAGAGCUUUAAUUAUUAAUGAUAAAUUAAUUGAAUUAGAUCCUUUAUAUCCAAAUGCAACAAAUAAUUCAAAAUUAAUUGAACAAGAAUUACUGGAUAAUGGAGUUGCUAAAGAAGAUUUCCGUAUAAAUAUACCUCCAUUAAAUAUUACAAGAACGAAUAAUGCUUCUAAUUUAUUUCCUGCAUACCGUAAAGCUUAUGAAGAACUCUGUCGUGGUGAAAAAGAAAUUGUUUGUUAA